GGAAGUGACUGUUGACGCUAAGGCAGCCAUAACUGCUAAUGGCAAAGGGAGUUUCCUGGCCUCGCGUCUCUAGUGUGACGUAGUUUUCCCUUCGUCCAAUCUCACCGUUGCCCUGGGCAACAAUCGGGCGGUCUGGGAAGAGAGGCGUCUGUAAGUAGGCCCGAAAAAGGACCAAAGGUGACCAGUCAUCCCAGAUUCAUCUGCCUAUCAUAUUAUCCUGCACAUGAUAUUAUUUUGGAAAAAACUUAGCUGUAUCCAACAAUUCAGAUAUGGCGGAAGUGAAGUCAAUGUUCCGGGAAGUUCUUCCAAAACAAGGGCAGCUGUCUGUGGAAGAUAUAACCACAAUGGUGCUGUGUAAACCCAAACUUUUACCCUUAAAAUCUCUGACUCUGGAAAAACUGGAGAAAAUGCAGCAAGCAGCCCAGGAUACAAUUCGCCAACAAGAAAUGGCAGAAAAGGAACAACAGCAAAUAACUCACUGAAUGAUAAUUUAGCACUUCUACAGAAUACCCUUAGUAUUAACAAUAGCUAGAAAAUAAUUUGCACCUGUAUGCUGAGAACAGUGUGUGUUAAUAAAACUGAUAGUGCUUAUACAUAAUAUAAAAAUACCCAAGACUAAUGAAACUUGUAUUGUGAAUUUAGACACUUUGGUUUGUAUUGAACAUAAGCAAUUAAAAAAACUUUGAACCCAAAUUUUAUUGGGUUUUUUUUUUUUUUUACCCAAGUUUUUAGAACUGUAAAUUAUUGUUCACCAUUCCUAUCAGUCUUACGGGUAAAAUUCUUAGGCACAAGUGACUAAAUGCAACUCUUAUGUUCACAAAAUCUUUACAUGUUUAUUAAAAACUGAAUUUAACGAUACAUUCUAAUCUUGUACAAAGCGUUUUGGGGCUUUUACAUUACCUAACUUUAAAACUCUUUUACAAAUUUUGUGUUUCAUGUUUAAGGCUAUUUUGCCUAACCAACUGAUUCUACCAAUAAUGACAAAACUAAAUAAAUUUGAAACCCUCACUUA